AUGGAAGAACUAGGAGUCAGACAGAGGAAGAAAGCAGCCACCACCGAGUUCACAAAUGGUCACGAUACGGGCAGUGAAGCCAAGUCCGGCCCAGCAUUACCUAAAGUGUAUAUGUUAUUAGCUGCCGUGUUGGCUUUGGCACUUUACAAUUUUCUAGCUCUAGUGAAGAGCCCGCUCCUCGGUGCACCUACCAGACAUCUACCAGGAGUUCCAACGCACUAUGUCCCCACCUUCACCGCAGACGAAGCAAAACGAGACGCAGUGGUAGAGGCCUUCAAACAUGCGUGGCUUGCAUACGAAAGAGACGCCAUGGGUGAUGACGAGUACCAUCCGAUCGCGCAUACUGGCUCGAAUCUAACUGAAGCGGGGGCUAUCGGGUAUACUGUGGUAGAUUCUAUCGACACGAUGAUUAUCAUGGGGCUGGAGGAUGAGUACCAGCGUGCAAGGGCAUGGGUGGCAGACAAGCUCUCAUUCGAACGGGAUGGUAAUUUCAAUACCUUUGAGAUCACAAUCAGAGUCCUAGGAGGCUUACUGUCGGCAUACCAUUUGUCUGGGGAUGACCCCAUGUUUCUCGAGAAGGCUCAGGAACUCGGUAGCCGCAUCCUACCCGUUUUUGAGACAGAGUCUGGUCUUCCAUUAUCACUAAUCAAUCUGGCGCUUCGAGAAGGUGUGCCAGAUAGGGAUACUGGUGGAUUGAUCAGUACGGCCGAAGCUUCAACAUUACAACUCGAGUUCCGCUAUCUGGCGUACCUUACCGAUGAGGAUACGUAUUGGGAAAAGGCUGAAAAGGUAAUGGCCGUCCUGAGGGCAAGCGCAAUGACAAGCGGGCUAGUCCCCAUCUUUGUUGACUCGAAAAUGGGUCGCUACCAAACUUCGCCGAUCCGACUAGGAUCUCGCGGGGAUUCUUACUACGAAUAUCUACUGAAACAAUACUUGCAAACUAACCAAACGGAGCUUGUAUAUCGCGAGAUGUAUGACACUGCGAUGACAGGUAUCCAAACACAUCUGGUAAAACGAGGGCUUUCCAGCCAGCUUCUCUACACCGCUGAACUUAACCCAGAGCGGACUCAAAAUGGGGAACUUGGAUGGCGUUUAACGCCCAAGCAGGAUCAUCUCGUGUGCUUCCUUGGUGGUUCCCUUAUGCUCGGUGCCACGACGUCCGGUGCCCUUACUCACAAUGUCUCGAUUCCACCGUCAACCGACGAACUCACCAACCAAGGCGAACGUGAUUGGCUUACAGGAGUGGAACUCAUUGACACAUGUAUGGCCACACAUGACACCCAAACCGGCCUGGCGCCUGAGAUUGCGCACUUCCGCAUUCUGGGCGACGGGAUGGAUGAUUCAGCAGUUCCUGCAGACUGGUACAUCAAAGGCGCGCGCCCUAACGCCCCACCUCCUUUUGAUGCCCGAUAUAUCCUCCGCCCGGAAACUGUCGAAUCCAUUUUCAUUGCCUUCAGGCUCACUGGUGAUCCCAAGUAUCGCGAUUACGGCUGGGCGAUAUUUCAGGCCAUCGAAAAGCAUUGCCGUAUCCCGACAGGUGGGUAUGCGAGUGUGAUAAAUGUGGAUCAAGUUCCCGUGGAGCAUGACGAUAAAAUGGAGACUUUCUUGAUGAGCGAAACAUUAAAGUAUCUGUAUCUACUCUUUGCGGAUUCAAGUGUACUUCCUCUCAACGACUAUGUCUUCAACACGGAGGCAAGUCUGAAACAUGCAUCUGUCAUUCCGCAUAUACUCAUAUUUGGACAGGCGCAUCCUCUGCCUGUCUUUAAUCCAACUAUACGCACCGGCUUUUCCUAA